AUGCGGUGCGUUGCGGUGCUUGUGUUUGUGGCAGCGAGUCUGCUGGCCUGUGCACGUGGCAUGUACUCGAAAAAGGGAAGUGUCAAGCUGCUUGACACCAAAAGCUUUCGCAAGGAGGUUCAAAAAGACUCAGGCGUGUGGAUCGUUGAGUUCUACGCGCCGUGGUGUGGUCAUUGCAAAAAUUUGGCACCUGAGUACAAAAAGGCAUCCAAAGCUUUGGAAGGUGUUGUCAACGUAGCUGCCAUCAAUUGUGAUGACGAAAAGGAACUUAUGAGUGAGUUUGGGGUAAGUGGUUUCCCCACAAUCAUGAUCUUUGGUGGAAACAAGGCCAAUCCAACAACUUUUAACGGUGAGCGCACCGCCAAAGGUAUCGUCGAUGCUGCGCUGAAAACAACGCGUCGAUUAGUUGAGUCUCGACUUCUGGGUGGCACGGAAAAGGUGAAACGAAAGUCCAAGUCGGACCCAAAAAAGAAGUCAACAAACGACAAGAGCAGCGUCAUUAAACUCUCCGACGACACGUUUAACGAGAUGGUACUCAACAGCGGUGAGGUCUGGCUUGUGGAGUUUUACGCCCCAUGGUGUGGACACUGCAAGGCUUUGGCCCCGGAGUGGGAACAAGCUGCCUUGAACUUAAAGGGGUCUGUAAAGGUUGCAGCUAUUGAUGGCGAUGCCAAUAAACAUAAGAGUGCUGAGUACGGGGUCAAAGGAUUCCCCACCAUAAAAGUGUUUGGACCAAAUGCUAUGGGACCUGAAGAUAGUGAUACUUAUCAAGGUGAACGAACAGCUUCAGCUAUUACUGAGUUUGGACUUUCGGCCGUAGAUUCCUUGGGUGGCGGACAGCGAAUUAAGCAACUCGUUUCAGCUGAUGAAUUAGUCGACUUUUGCGAAGGUAAGUCCAGUUGCGUUAUCACUUUGCUGCCUCAUAUUACCGAAGGUGGCAAAAGUGCGCGUGAAGGCUUCAUUAAUACUCUUGAGGAGGCUGCAAAGCUAGUGCGCGGCAAGCCAUUCAAAUUCGGUUGGAUGCAGGGUGGUGACCAGCUCGACUUCGAGAGCCGCUUUGAGCUGACGUUUGGGUACCCAUCGCUGGUAGCGAUCAACUUGGAUCGUAAGCGCUAUGUGGUGCAGCGUGGCGCUUUUACGGCGGAAGCAAUUGGUGAGUUUCUUCAAGGCGUCAUUCAGGGCCGUGAGUCAACAGUUGGCUUUGACGAGCUGCCAGAGAUCAAGACGGUUAAGCAUUGGGACGGCGAAGAUGUGAAAUUGGACGAAAUCGAAGAUGACGACGAGGACGACGACAUCAUGAACGAGAUACUGGGCAAUACUGCAAAAGAUGAACUUUAA